AUGGUGGUAGUAGAAGAAGAAGAAGAAAUAGUGUUUGGAUUUUCAGAAAUUAUUCAGUACUUCCUCCCAGUUCACUGGCAUGGUGUAAUGACUCACAACUAUCAGCAUGUCCUGGCCUUGGCAUUUGCUAUACAAGAGAUCAAUGAAGAUCCCCUGAUGGACUUGAAUGUCACCCUGGGCUUUAACAUCUAUAACAGUCUCUUCAGUGCAACGUGGACCUGCCUCGCUUCAUUGGAGCUUCUCUCCACACGGGAAAACUUCAUCCCUAAUUACAAGUGUGAUGCCCAGAACAUUCCAGUAGCAGUCAUCGGGGGACCGUCCUCUGAUGUCAGUCUCACGAUGUCAAUAAUUCUCUAUUCCUACAAGAUUCCUCUGAUUAUUUAUGGUAAUCCUUCAAUGACAAAUAAUCACAUCCAAAGGUUUGGAUUCCAUUCUAUGUUCACCAAUGGGGACGUUCAAUAUAAGGCAAUUCUCCAGUUACUGAAAUAUUUCGUCUGGACAUGGAUUGGGGUUAUUUCUCUCGAUGAUGAGAGCGCAGAAAGGUUUGUACAGGAUGUGGCUCCCAUAUUUUCCCAGAGUGGUAUCUGUGUAGAAUUUAUAGAAAUAUUCCCCAGAAUAAGUUUUUCAAGUGAUCUUGAUAAAGGAUUGGCUGAAGGAGCGGAAACAUAUAUUGCUGUCAUGAGAAGCACAGCCAAUGCAGUGGUCCUACAUGGUGAACUUGAGACAAUAAUUUUUUUGAGAAUGUUGAUCCACUACUCAGAAUUUGCAGAGACCUCUGUAAAGACAAAAAUUUGGAUUAUGACGGCUGAGAUGGAUUUCACAUCCUCUUCCUUUCAAAGAACCUGGGACUUUGAUUUUAUGCACGGUGCAAUAGCUUUGGCAAUUCACUCCAAGCAGCCCCAGGGAUUCCAAAGGUUUCUUCAGAGGAGAACCCCUGCCUCACAUAAAGAAGAUGGCUUCAUCAGAGACUUCUGGCAACAGGCAUUUAAUUGUUUAUUCUCUGACUCAGACGGAGAUGAGACAGUCGAGGGAGCCUGCACGGGCGAAGAGAAGCUGGAGGCUCUUCCUGUGUCUGUUUUUGAAAUGAGCAUGACUGGCCACAGCUACAGUAUCUACAAUGCUGUCAAUGCCGUGGCACAUGCUUUGCAAACCAUGCCUUUCUCAACAUUCAAACACAGGGCAAUGAUGGGAAGGCAGAGGCUCACGUAUGUAGAUCAAGAGUUGUAUCAGACACGGCCCCUUUCUGUGUGCAACUACGGUUGUCGUUCAGGUUAUAGAAAGACCAAGAAGGAAGGGAAACCUUUUUGCUGCUAUGAUUGUUUUCCAUGUCCAGAUGGGAAGAUUUCAAACCAGAGGGAUAUGGAUGACUGUUCACAGUGUCCAGAAGAUCAUUAUCCAAACAAGGACCGAGAUUUAUGCAUUCCCAAAUAUAUAAGUUUCUUGUCUUAUGAUGAACCCUUGGGGAUGACUUUGGCCAUUAUGGCUAUUUUAUUCUCUUUCAUCACAGCUUUGGUACUCGGAAUCUUCCUUAAGCAUAAAGAUACUCCUGUAGUUAAAGCCAGCAACCAGAAACUCACCUACACUCUCCUAGUUUCUCUCCUGCUUUCCUUCCUUGCCACUUGCUUAUUCAUUGGCCAACCCAACAAAGUGACGUGUCUCCUUCGGCAAACCAUUUUUGGCAUCGUCUUCUCAGUGGCUGUUUCUUGCAUCUUGGCCAAAACCAUGAUAGUGAUUUUAGCUUUCAUGGCCACCCAUCCAGGGUCCAGGAUGAGAAACUGGGUGGGGAAACGACUGGCCAGCUCCAUUGUGCUCUCUUGCUCCCUUAUUCAAACCACUAUUUGUGCUUUUUGGUUGGCAACCUCUUCUCCCUUCCCAGAUUUUGACAUGCACUCCAGGACUGAAGAAAUUAUUCUGAAAUGCAAUGAAGGAUCGGUCUCCAUGUUUUACUGUGUCUUGGGCUACAUGGGCUUUCUGGCCACUGUCAGCUUUGUUGUGGCUUUCCUUGCUCGGAAGUUACCUGACAGUUUCAAUGAAGUCAAGUUCAUCACUUUCAGCAUGCUUUUGUUUUGCAGUGUCUGGUUAUCUUUUAUUCCAACAUACCUAACCACUAAGGGGAAAGACAUGGUGGCUGUAGAAGUCUUUUCGAUCUUAGCCUCCAGUGGAGGGUUACUGGGCUGUAUUUUCUUCCCUAAAUGCUACAUUAUUGUGUUGAGACCCGAACUGAACAAGAGGGGGCAGAUAAUAAGAAAGAAGAAUUAA